AUGAGUGGUUCAGCUGCUGCCUGUAGCAAGUAACGCCAUCACGGUAAAAACAGUGGGAGGAGAGAGGGGGAGAGAACGAGAGAGACGGGGAAGACUGGGUCACACGUACUGUCCCCACGGUCUUUUAAAGUAGAUCUCUACAAGAGAACGUCCGGAACUGGAAAAGUGGGCUACAUUCUGAAAGGGUAUUUUUGACCACCGUAACAAGAUGUGUACCCCGCGCUGUAUAGGGCAGCUGGCGUGCUGCUGUGGCUCAGCAGGCUGCUCCUGUUGUUGUGGCUGCUGUCCUAAAAUCAAGCAGUCCACAUCGACACGGUUCAUGUACGCCCUCUACUUCCUCCUCGUCACCGUCAUCUGUGUCGUCAUGAUGUCACCCACCGUGGAGCAGGAGAUGAGGGACCACAUCCCAUUCUACAGUGACCUGUGUGAGAAGCUGAAUGCUGGUGAGAACUGCUCUACCUUGGUGGGUUACUCUGCUGUGUACAAGGUCUGCUUCGGGAUGGCCUGCUUCUUCUUCGUUUUCUGUAUCUUCACCCUACGAGUCAACUCUGCCACCGGCUGCCGCGCCGCCAUACACAAUGGGUUUUGGUUCCCGAAGUUCAUAGUGUUGUUGGCCUGCUGUGUUGGAGGAUUCUUCCUGCCAGAGCAGGACACCUUUCUGGAAGUGUGGAGGUAUGUGGGAGCUAUAGGGGGGUUUCUCUUCCUGCUGAUCCAGCUCAUGCUGCUGGUGGAGUUUGCUCACAGAUGGAACACUAACUGGAGUUCAGGUGUGAAGGACAACCGUCUGUGGUAUGGGGCGCUGGCUCUGGCCACCUUGGUGUUGUUCAGUGUCGCCGUAGGAGCUGUGGUGUUCAUGGCUCUGUUUUACACACACUCUCAGGCCUGUCUGCUCAACAAGGUGUUCCUGGGGGUCAACGGCAGCCUCUGUUUCAUAGUCACUAUGCUGGCUAUAUCUCCCUUCAUACAGAGACUCCAGCCUAAGUCUGGCCUGCUCCAGCCAGGAGUGAUCAGUGUGUACGUCAUGUACCUCACCUUCUCAGCCUUCUCCAGCAAGCCCAAAGAGAUGUUGGAGGUUAAUGGGGUGAAUACGACAGUGUGUGUGUUCCCUUUCAACUCUGGUUCAGAGAGCGACAAGAGGAUCGUAACAGGAGUGGGAACUGUCAUCCUGUUCGGCUGUGUGCUCUACUCCUGUUUGACGUCCACCACCAGACGGAGCUCUGCAGCGAUGCGUGUGAUUAGGAACAGCGUGCCUGAGACUGAAAGAGCGCGCUGCUGUUUCUGCUUUGGAGAUGACACAGAUGACUAUGAUGAGGAGCAGACUGGAGGAGGACAAAAUGUUGUAUAUGAUGAGAGACAGGGAACCAUCUACAGCUACACCUACUUCCACUUUGUCUUCUUCCUGGGUUCACUCUACGUCAUGAUGACUGUCACAAACUGGUUCCACUAUGACAACCAUAAGAUAGAGAAGCUGCUGGAUGGCAGUUGGUCUGUGUUCUGGAUCAAGAUGGCGUCCUGCUGGGUCUGUCUCAUCCUCUACAUGUGGACCCUGCUCGCCCCCAUGGUCUGCCCCAAACGCUUCGAGGCCUAACACACACACAUGCAGACACCGAAACACAGCCCAACAUUAUUUUCAGCUUUCUACAUGGGUUUUUUGUGUUGCGUUUUGUUUUUAAUGUUUUAGUGUUUUUAUAUUGAAUUUUUGACCAGUUAUGAAUACUUUAAGCUAUUGUUGCCGGGAAGGCAGUUGAUGUCUUUCAUUUUUACUAUUAUUGAUGUAUGGGGUUACAUUCAGGUUGGACUCAUAGCUUGACUCUUGGGGGUGCCUAAAACAAUGGGCUGGACCAAUGUUCAUACAAUAAUGUAUGUGGCUCCCCAUGGUCCUAGAGGUGCCCAGAUUCUGUUAUGGGAGUGUCCAGCACCAAUAUCAUUUCAACCCUGUUUACAUGUUUGCUUAUAUGUGUGAUUCCCAUACUUGCCUCUGUUAUUCUUUUAUUCCCAUGAAGAGAAGUUUCAUUUCUCAGGCUCAUACAUCAGCUUGCUUGUAAUUUUCUUGAUUUUGUUUACCCCUUUUUCUCCCCAAUUUCGUGGUAUCUAAUUGGUAGUUAGUCUUGUCUCAUCGCUGCAACUCCCGUCCGGACUCGGGAGAGGCGAAGGUCGAGAGCCGUGCAUCCUCCGAAACACAACCCAACCAAGCUGCUUGUUGACACAAUGCCCACUUAACCCAGAAGCCAGCCUCACUGAUGUGUCGGAGGAAACACCAUACGCAUUGCGCCUGGCCCACCACAGGAGUCGCUUGUGAGUGAUGGGACAAGGACAUCCCUACCGACCAAACCCUCCCCUAACCCGGACGACGCUGGGCCAAUUGUGCGCCGACCCAUGGGUCUCCCAGUCGCGGCCGGCUGCGACAGAGCCUGGACUUGAACCCAGAAUCUCUAGUGGCACAGCUAGCACUGCGAUGCAGUGCCUUAGACCACUGCGCCACUCGAGAGGCCCAGCUUGCUUGUUAUUGAACCCUUUUGUAGAAUACUUUUCCUAUGCAAUUAAACAAGCUGUUUUGAUUUGAUUUGCCUGUCUUUAGGUCACACAGUCAUGUGAAACGUGUUAGUUAGGAGUAAAUAGGAUCGAUUAUAUCAACGCUCCUUUUGAGCCAGAACUUUAAAUGCCAGUCGUUUGUACACACACAUUUAUUGUACAGUUGUGUUUUCCAAAUAAGCCUCUCUGACUAGCAGAGCGCCGGCUGGCAGGUAGAGGACUGUGGGACCAGAGAGUCACUACUGUUGAAGGGAGCUGCAAUCAUGGAGGGGAAAAUCAACAGUUUGAUUUAAAACGUUUGCCAAAGGUAGAUCUCAGAAACAAGGAACAGACAUGCUCAAGUUUUUCACCCGAGUAUCUUCUCCCUCUAUAACUGCUGCAAUCCUCCAACUCCUCGGCCCUAGAAACAUGCUUGGUGUGCUCUCUGUUGCUGAUGAAGGGUUACCUACAGAGCUCCUUUCGGGUGUGUGAAAACAGAAGGGGAAGGGGAUAUGGGCCAUGAACCGGGACCUUAGUGUGUAGUGGUGGUUACUCAGUGUGUAGUGGUGGUUACUCAGUGUGUAGUGGUGGUUACUCAACACUGGUUGUUGAUGUUAUUGACUGAACAAACCCAGACUAAGACUUGCCUGACAGGGAGCAAGAAACUAUUCUCCAGAACACCAAACCAUUCAGCUAUUAUGCUUUUCUGUUUUCAUACUUACAAACCUACAGUAUAUAACCCUUUUGAUACUAAUAUGAAAUAUGUACACUUUGGUUUAAUAUAUUGGUAUUUGUUGAAGAAAAACAACUUGAAAAUUGUGAUAUUUAAGAUGUAUGUCUUUUUUCCCUUAGAUUUCAGAUGAGAUAAAUAUCAUUGGACUUUGCUGAAUAGAAUCAUCAGAAAACCCUAUGAGCCAGCAGUUUGUUGAUGCAUAUUUAUGCCAUAAGGUUUCCACUGUGACUGAAGUUUCUUCACCUCAGCCGUUGUUAUGAAGGGAUUAAACCCGUCUGGAGGGAUAAGAUGUGUACAGGGUUAGGCUCAAUUCAUUUUCCAUUCAGUGAUGUCAUGGAGGGUUAUUGGAAUUUCAAUUAAACAAUGAAAUGCUUCCAUUAAAAGAAGUACAAUAAUUGUGAAAUAGAAUUUCACUUCCCUUUACUGAAUGAUGCUGAGUUGACUGUAACCCUGGUGUAAAACAUGUUGACUGAUCACUUCCUUUUUGCUAUUAGCAGAUUCUGUCCACAUGUCAUUUCAGACCAGUUGUGUUUUUUUAUCCUGUCUCCUGUGGAGGAUCCAGAUAGACAGGAUGUGGUGCUCUACUGCAGCUCAGCUCUACACCAACUGGUCAACCUCGUUAACUCAUUAGGGUUCAAAACCAAACCUUCUGAUUGGGCUGUGCGCUGCCAUACAUGACAUGUUGUGGUCCAUUUUAUGUUCUCCAUUGUUAAGAUGACCACUAGGUGUGUGUACAGGAGUGUGAGUGGAAUGUGAGUGUGUUUGUCUCAUUUUAUUUGCACAGGAGCACUUGCGUUAGUGAGUUUUGCCCUGUGAAGAAAAUUGAGUGUGUGUGUGUGCAUGUUUCCAAACACUGCUCGCACUAAUUCUCUGUACACAAUUUGAUUUAGUCCUAAACACAAAAAUAAAACGAACACCUUUUCAUUU